CUGAAAAACCUUACCCUUUCUCUCUCAACUCUAUUUUGAACCAGUUUCAGACACAAGUCGUCAAAACCCAGUCCUCCCAAACCAUGGAAGAACAGAAAUCACAGUCGGCCACCAAAAACCCUAAGAAGGCCAACCUCGUCGACCACCACUCCAUCAAGCACGUCCUCGACGAGUCUGUAACUGAGAUCGUAACGAGCCGUGGAUAUGUGGAAGACGUGAGGAUGAGCAAUCUGAGGCUGGUUAUGGGGACCGUUAUCAUUGUGAUUGCUCUCUUCGCUCAGUUUUACAAGAAGAAGUUCCCGGAGAACCGAGACUUUCUCCUCCUCUGCAUCGCCUUGUAUGUGGUGUUGAAUGGGAUAUUGCAGCUUAUUAUCUACGUGAAGGAGAAGAAUGCCAUCCUCUUCACUUAUCCUCCAAAGGAUUCCUUCACAAGCACUGGAUUGGUGGUCUCUUCCAAACUUCCAAGAUUCUCUGAUAUGUACACACUUGAGAUAGCAAGUGCAGACCCCAAAUCUAUUUCUGCAAAUCCACCAGUACAGUUUACCAAAAGUGUCACCAAGUGGUUCACCAAGGACGGAAUUUUGGUGGAGGGCCUCUUCUGGAAAGACGUUGAAGCGCUGAUCGACGAUUACCAGAAAGAACCAAAGAAGGGCAAGUGAGAGGAAACUACCGCCUACUCCAUUUGUUGGGACGCUGGUUGGAACCCUGAAUAGCUCUACUUAUACUGUCACCUCAUUAAUGGAUGUUGCUCAUUGACAAUAUGGCCUUCUGCACCGGUAACUUUAGCGUAAAACUGAAUGAGUCUGAAAAUUUUGAACAUUUACCAUAUUUUGUUUCCCAGCUGAUCGAGUCAAGUAUGAAAUGCUUUAGAACUUUUUAAAGUAUACCUUCUGUUAUCCAUUUCCUCGGAGGUGAGAUAUACUUUUAAAUGGUAGAUCUUUCCUCAGGCAAAAGGUAACCUUCA